AUGGAUUGGACUGGAUUACUUGCUUGGUCUAUUGAUUAAAAGAAAGGAGAGAAAUUUGAUACUUCAAUAAAGCCUAUGGAUGAAGAAACUAAGAAAUGGUUAUGUGAAGCAUUGUAAAGCUAUUCUGUUGAUGAAUUUUAAAUGAUAAAAGAUUUGUUAGACAAAAUAGCUAAACCAGAAUAAGAAGAUGAAGAACAACAAAGAUUGGAAUGGUUUGAAUAAUUAAUGGAAUUAUUAGAUGCAUUGGAUAGGGCAAAUGAUUUUUGCAAAAUAGGUGGGCUAAGUUUAAUGUUCAACUAUUUUCAAACAAGUAAGUUUGAUUCCAUCAAAUUAUAAAUUUUAAAGAUAAUUUAAAAUUGCAAUCAAAAUAAUGCCUUUGUUUAAGAGUUCUGUGGUUAAAAUAAUUAUCUUUAACUGUUACUUCAAAUAGAAAAAAUAUAAAAUUUAAAAUUAAAAGAACAACUUGUUAGUGCCUUAUCAAGUAUGAUAAGAGGUGAAUGUUUAAAAAAUAAAAGAAAGUUUAUUGAUAUGAAUGGAUUAAAUAUUUUAUUAAAUCAUUUAGAUUCCAAUAGAUGUAUUGAAAAAAUUGCUAAUUUAUUUAGAGAUCUUUUAUAUUAUGAUGAUCAAUUGCAUAAAACUUAUCAUGACUUAUCUAAAUUUUCAAAUACUGCAGGAUAAUCAAUUAAAUAAUAAGAUAAAAAGAAUUAUAAUCUGACAACUGAUAUUAAUGAUGAACUAUUAAAAUCUAAUGAAUUACCUGAAAAUAAAAAGUAUAAAGGCAUUAUCAAAAAAAUAUUGAUAGAUUUGAAAUUUCUCAAUUAUGCAAAUAAAUUCAUAUUUGAUACUUCUAUUAAAACCUCUGAUCUAAGAAUACAAUUUUUGUAAUGCUCUGUAAUAUUACUAAAAUUUUAAGAUGAUGAAGAAUUUAAAAAAAUAAUUAAAAUUCAUUUUGAAAAUUUAAUCAAAGAAUAGGAUAAGGAUGAAGGAGAGAUAAAUUUAUGUAAAUAAAUUUUGUGA